UUGUCACAGGUGCGUCCCAUUGGGUUCCUAGUGUUCAAUUCCCUCGCCACUCGGAAAAAGUUUCCAAAACAAAUUUAUGGUAUUUUGAGUUCGUGGGUUGCUUGCUUAGAAAUCCCCGUAUCGAGAUUUCUUGAGAUCAAGUUCUUUAUUUGCCAUUUUGUUAUUCCCCAAUGGGUUGAAUCAGAUGCUUUUGGGAAUGGAAUGGGGUUCCCAUGGUGGAAUCAAUGCCGAAUACCUGAACACUCGAGUUCUGUAAUGAAGCAUAAAACCAGGAAGAUAACCCUCAACUCCUCUGCAGAAACCAUCACAUGGCUCAGUUCCCUGGCUGUGGCAGUGUUGCCGAGCAUGCAUUCACUUCAGAGUCCAGAGGUGAGAUCUGCAGUGAUGGAGAAGCCAUUGGGCGACGGAACAGAGGCUUUUCAGUUCAAGGAAACCAGCCACCAUCAUCGAGUGCUACUUUCCGGAGACGGUCAGGCUUGUUGAGGACGAAGACGAAUUCAAGGAUGAUGGAUUUUAUCAGGGAGGAGCAAGACCAGAGGCCAAAGAAAAUGGUGAAAUUAGGAGUGUUUAGAAAAUCCCAUGAAGAGGAUGACCUUUUAGAUGCAGAUCUUCAGAGAGACUACCGAAGAAUGAAGCUUGGCACAACGACACUACUCCAGUGGGUAAGCCUUGCUCUAAUGAUACUAGCUCUACUUUGUAGCCUCUUCAUUCCAGCAGUGAAGAGGCACACUCUGUGGGAUCUUCAACUCUGGAAAUGGGUGGUGGUGAUUCUGUUUUUGUUCUGUGGGAGUUUGAUCUCCAGUUGGGUAAUUCGUAUUGCAGUUUUAGUUAUUGAACACACUUUGCCACAUGAAAGGAAACGGGUUUUAUAUUUCGUGUAUGGGUUGAGGAAGGCUGUUCAGAAUUGCAUAUUUGUGGGUCUUGUUUUGGUUGCUUGGUAUUGUAUUUUUUACAAGACGGUUGAGAAGGAGACCCAUAAUCGAAUACUACCGUAUGUCACCAAGAUUCUUGUGUGUCUCCUGGUCUGCUCUUUAUUAUGGCUUCUAAAAAUCUUCUUUGUGAAGGUCCUUGCUUCAUAUUUCCAUGUGGAAACCUUUUUCGAACGGAUUCAGGUGUCUCUAGAUAAUCAACUAGUAAUUAGGACCCUCCAGGGGGUUCCAUCAGUUGAAGUUCCAAACAAGCAAGUGCAAGAAGGGGUCAUGGUUGAGGUUCAGACACUUCAGAAUGCUGGGGCUACCUCUGUGCCAGAUUACCUCAGAGAGUCUUUUCUUCCAACGAAUGGUACAAAAAACGGGGGUGAUGGUGUGGAUAAUAGCCAUCCGGGUAAGACGCAUCAGGAAUUUCUGAGGGCGAUUCCUAAGAAGCAAGAUCAGGGUAUCACAAUUGACCAUUUGCGUAAGUUGACACGCCAGAAUGUAUCAGCUUGGAAAAUGAAGAAGCUGGUGAAAAUCGUUCGUCAAGGGUCUUUGUCUACUCUGGAUGAGCAGAUACUAGAUUCAACAGAAAUUGAAGGUGACUGUUCUUUUCAGGCCAGAUGUGAAUCCAACGCAAGACAGAAUACUGAGAAGAUAUUCAACAAUGUAACUAAGAAGGAUCCCAACAAAGAAUACAUAUACAAAGAGGAUCUCCUGUGCUUUAUGAAAGAAGAUGAAGCUUUGACGACCAUGCAACUCUUUAAAGGAGCAACAGAAGGCAAGGGAAUCAGCAAGCAAGCUUUCAGGAAUUGGAUGGUUAAUGUUCUUAUAGAAAGCAAAGCACUUGCACUAUCCCUCAAGGACACAAAAACGUCGGUUGACGAACUACACCGUAUAUUGAAUGUCAUCAUAGCUGGAAUUAGUGUAAUCAUCUGGCUUCUUAUCCUGGGGAUUGCAACCCCCCAUUUGCUUGUCUUCGUAAGUUCCCAGUUUCUUUUGGUGGUGUUCAUCUUUGGGAGCACCUGCAAGGCAAUAUUUGAAGCAAUCAUCUUCUUAUUUGUAAUGCACCCUUUUGAUGUGGGUGAUCGUUGUGAAGUAGAUGGAGUUCAGAUGGAAGUUGAAGAGAUGAAUAUAUUAACCACUGUGUUUGUGAGGUAUGAUAACCAAAAGAUCAGAUACCCAAAUAGUGUUCUAGCAACUAAGCCCAUCGGUAAUUUCAAUCGUAGUGCAAACAAGAUAGAUGCAGUUGAUUUCAGUAUCCACAUUUCAACUCCAAUGCACAAGAUGGAUGCGAUGAAAGAAAAAAUAAAGACGUAUAUAGAGAGCAAGAAUGAUCACUGGAACCCUGAUUUCAUGGCAGUAGUGAAGGAGGUGGAGGACCUGAACAGAGUGAACAUGGCAGUGUGGGUUACACACAAGACGAGACAUCACAACAUGAGGGAGAGAUGGAUUAGGAGAACCCUCCUGAUCGAGAAGAUGAUCGAAAUGUUCAGAGAACUAGACAUCGAGUAUCGUAUGCUUCCCCUUGACAUGAACUUGCGAGAGAUCUCAAUGGGGGCGGUCUCAAACAGGCUUCCCUCUAACUGGACAACUUGUGCUGGCUAAUCACUUCGGGCAACAGAGGAGAGGAGUUUGUGAUUGUAGUUGCAAUGGAAACAAGUUAGGAGUUAAGGUUUGGUUCAGUAGUUGAGUUUAGUUUUGGGUCUGAAUGUUGUGCUUUUAUGCCUAAACCUCAAUCUAGAUAGGAUGGGAUUUGAAUGUGAUGUGGCCUCGGUGUUCGCUACAUCGACAUGUUAGUGUCAUAUGGAACUCAUGUUCAGAACAUCACAUGUCCAAAUGAAUAAUAAGAAGGUUUAGCUACACACUAUUGGGGCAGUUCAUGUACUUCUUCUAUAAUCUACUAAUAACAAAAUAAACUCUAUUGGGUGCUUGACAAACACACCCUUUGAUUUUAUGAAA